AUGCAAGUUACGGAAGGCACAGCCACAAUCAGGACUAGAAAGUUCAUGACCAAUCGACUGUUAAGUCGAAAACAAAUGGUGGUGGAUGUGUUUCAUCCGAGACAGCCCACGGUUAAAAAAACAGAAAUAAGAGAAAAAUUAGCCAAAAUGUACAAGACUACGCCAGAUGUAGUUUUUGUUUUCGGUUUUAGGACUAAUUUUGGAGGUGGUAAAACAACAGGAUUCGGUUUAAUAUACGAUACUUUAGACUAUGCGAAAAAAUUUGAGCCAAAACACAGGCUCGCAAGGCAUGGGUUGUACGAAAAGAAAACUCAAACUAGAAAGCAAAGAAAGGAAAGAAAGAACAGAAUGAAGAAGGUUAGAGGUACAAAGAAGAGUAAGCUUUGUUCAUCUAAAUGCAAGUUUUUAACUUUCAGGGUGGCAAGAAAUAAAGGAGGAAUUAAAAGAAAUAUGGAUUUUGGGUAUUAA